AUGAUUAUAAAUACAGUUAUACGUACUACUACUACUACUGUUACUACUACUAUUUAUCCGACUACGACUAUUACUACUACUCUGACUACUACUACUACUACUACUACUACUACUACUACUACUCUGACUACUACUACUACUACCACUAGUGCUACCAAUACUAUUACUAAUACUGCUACUACUUCUACUACUACUACUACCAUUCUGACUACUACUACUUCCACUACCACCACUACUGCUACGACUACUACUGCUACUACUCUAACUACUACAGCAAAUACUACUACAACUAUCACUAUUACUACUACCACAACUACUGCUGCUUCUACCAUUACUAGUUUCAAUGGCACUUCUUAA